AUGAAGGCGUCAAACGUGAGGGCGUUGAACGAGAGCGCGUCGUCGAGUGUGAGAGCAUCGUCGAGCAUGAUAGCGUCAUCGAGCAUGAGGGCGUCAAACGCGAGUGCGUUGAGCGAGAGCGUUGAGCGUGAGGACGUUGCCUUUCAGUGUCCGGUCUCAGGUCUUGAAUUCAAUGGAGAAAGUACAAGUUUUUCGCUUUGGGGACAUGUGAUGAGUUCCAAGGCGUUGAUGGAAGUGAAGUCUACUUCUUCGUGUUUGGUGUGUCACGCGGAUGUCAAAGAGUCUGAUAAGAUUGUGAUCAACGGUACAGAAGAGGAAGUGAGCUCGUUGAGGGAGAAGUUGGAGAAGGAGAAAGCAAAGCUGAGAGAGAUGAAAGGUGUCUCAAAUAAGAGCGGUACUGCUGUGGUGGCUGAUACAGGAGCAAAGGUCGCAAAGAUGGCUGAUACAGGAGAGCAAAGGUUGCAAAGAGACAGAUGGUUGAUGGGAAUGUCAAUGGCAAUAAUGGUAUUACUGUGA